AUUCACAGUUGUUGCGAAACAGGUGAUGAAAUGUUCACGGACACCUACCCACUUGAACUUGUGGAAAAGUUUGACGAUUCUAAAAUUGGCGCCAAUGCCAGCGCUGAAGAGCAGCAGGAUAAAGGAGCAGAGGAAAGCAGCUACUCCGGCAUAGAUGUCGUCCUUGACAACAGGCUACAGAAAACUGGCUUUUGCUCAAAGAAAGAAUUCAUGUCAUAUUUCAGGGACUUUAUGAAGAAGAAGAAUCCAGAUUUUGAUGUGACAACCUGGCCAACUGAAAUCCAGAAUACUUUCAAGGCUGUCCUUGCCAGUUUGGACCAGUAUGAAUUCUUCACUGGACAAUCCUGCAACCCAGAUGGUAGCAUUGCCAUGGUGAAAUGGGAAACCCCAGCAGGAGAGACAGAUUAUAUUCCUUAUCUGUACUUCUUUGCUGAUGGUGUUAGGGAAGAGAAAGUUUGA